AUGAAAAUGGCUCGUUUAAUUUUGGAUACUAAUUCUUUUGCUUACAAUAAUAAGUACUAUAGACAAAUUCGUGGUGGUGCAAUGGGUUCAGCAUUUACACAAGUCUUAGCUAAUAUUUAUACGUUCGAAUGGAAACAAGAUUUAAUUAAACAUCAAGAAAAACAUAAUGAAAUUUAUGGAAGAUCAACUCAUCCACGUCAUAUACAUCGUAAUAUACCAUAUGGUGCUUUAUUACGUGCUGUUCGUAUCUGUUCCAAUAUGCAUGAUUUUAAUACAGAACGUUGUCAUAUUGAUGUAUUCUUAUUAUUAAAUGGUUAUCCACCAAAUUUUAUUACAAAACAAUUUCAUCGAUUACUUCAUUCAAAAAACACUAUGCUUCUCUUGAAACAAAUGAAUGAACAAGCUUACAAUCCUAUACAUGAAACAUUACUACACCAACAUACCGGACGUGAAAAAGAACUUAAGAAAAUGAUUAAAGAUCCAGUGAAAAAACCAUUAGUAUUACAGUCAAAAAUUUGGGAUUCAAAAUUAAUGUAUCCAAAUUAUUUAUUUGAUAGCGGACAAUCAGUCGACACAUAA